CUUGAGGAAGAAUUGAAUUCUAUUUCAAAUGGAACCUACCACGCAGUGAUUAAAAAAGGUCAGAAAAAAGAAGAGAGUUUAGCAGAAGAUUUGGAGGAUAUUAUUAAAAUGAAAACACAGCCAGAGUCAAUGCCAAAAGAAAAAUGUGUAGCAUUAACAAACAAGGAGUGGGGUGUAAUAGAAAGACUGGGGCUUCAUAAAUAUUAUCCAAAGAAAAUGACAACAUCAGACAUCCUUGUGAUUGAUAAAUCAGCUUUAGAAGAAUGCCAGCCCUCCACAGAACAGGAAUUGUUGUUUUUUUACCUGCAAAAGCUUUUGAUGUUGGACUACAAGGCAAGGGAUGUGUUUUGCAAAGUCAAAAGCAAUUCAAAGCAAACCACAAGCAGUACUUCAACUGUGGCAAUGAGUUUUGAUGACUUUUUUGGCGGCCGUAAUACAAGGAUAAAUAUCAAAACUGAACAUGAACCAGAACACAUUCACCCCAUGGAUGUUCAAAUGGCUAUUUUUCACUGUGCUGACAGUUUUUUGUGGCAGUACAUUUCAACAAAGCUUUCAUUUUGCCAGCAUGCGCUUCCUUGUUUGGUGCCCAACCCCUUCACAUCAAAGACAGAAUUUCUUUCAUGGUCUUUUGUGCAACUUAAAAAGAGCUGGAAAUGUUCAGAAAGGUUUAAUCAACAAAGUAAGACAGACAAGUGCAAAAGCCAUUCGCUUUAUGAAGCUGAACUUCCAACCGUAUCAUUCAUACGGUUUGGUCAUUCUCCAUCAUCGAAAUCUCAGAUCUUGAACAAUUUAUUGAACAACCAAAAGCACAAUACCUUUUUCCACAGGCACUGCAAAGGCAGUAGUGCACCUUGCCUUUUAAUGGAUGGGGUUGUGGAGAUAUCAUGGUAUUUCCCAGGUGGGAAGGACGAUGAUGUUUUUGAUGACUGUGUUGCAUUCACUAAUCUUCAUGGAGAUGCAAGAGAACAUGACGAACAGUUAGAAUUUUUACUCAAGACUGCAACAAUCAAUGUUGUCCUUCUCACAGAUGCUGAUCGAAAUGAAAAAGGCAAUGCAAUUCUGCAGGAACUUUAUAAAUCUCCAAAGCCCCUAAUCUGUCUUUUUGCUGACAUGAAAGAAAUUUCAGAUCAACAAGGGAUAAAAGUUAUAAUAGCUGCUGAGAGCAGAAAUGAGGCUGACCUUGUUGAGGAUCUUGUAACAACAAUUAAGCGUCUAUUGGGCACUUCCAAGCAUACCUCCAGUAUUAAGACAUGCACAGGUAUUGCUAGGAACCUUGGCUUUCUGAUUGAAGAAGACCAUGAACACUGCAAGCUGGGCAAGUCCUUAGCAGAGGCAUUACUGGCACCAUUGAAAAGUGAGAAGUUGUCUGUCAUUAAAGAGAAGUACCUACCACUGCAAGGGGAACUAUGGCAUAAAUGGUGCAAGAAAAACAAGGAGCUUAACCAUUUGCCGAUCAAAGGAAACAUAAGCAUUGAACAACACAGAAGUAAUAUUGAACAGGCAAAAAAUGACAUCAGAAAACAUCAGUACAGAAAAGCUUCACCUUUGAACAAUCUAAUAAAAACAUUUCUUGCAAAUCUACAGUGCAACUCUGAGGUUACUAAAAUGUUUUUUCUCAAAUGGAUGGAAAUAUUUUUAAAUGAUCUUACAUCAGAAAAGCUUUCCGAACUGGACAAGUUAUCAACUGAGCGUAUUGCUUCUGCUUUCAGCCUUGAACACUUUUUAAGGGAAGUAGGUCAAAUUUAUGAAGUUUUGGAGUCUCAGUCAAUCAAACAAAAAGAAAGAGAUUCUCUCCCAGAAAUUGCUGCAGAAAUGAUGAUUUCUGGAUAUCCUAUUGAACUGAUGGAUGGGGAUGCUUCACAUGUACCCCUGAAAUUGAUCAGCUCAGUUCUAGACAAAGUCAUUGAGAAGCUUGGUGACCAAAGAGUCUUUGUUCUUUCUGUUCUGGGCAUUCAGAGCACUGGGAAGUCCACUCUGCUGAAUGCAAUGUUUGGACUCCAGUUUGCAGUCAGUGCAGGCAGAUGCACCCGAGGAGCUUUCAUGCAGCUGGUUAGAGUGAAGGAGGAUCUGAGACGAGAGAAACAGUUGGAUUAUGUUCUUGUGGUAGACACAGAAGGACUUGGAAAAUCAACCCUUAACCAUGACAAUGAGUUGGCAACCUUUGUUAUUGGUCUUGGUAACCUGACCCUUAUAAAUAUAUUUGGAGAGAACCCCUCUGAUAUGCAAGAUGUUAUUCAAAUUGCUGUUCAGGCAUUUCUGAGAAUGAAGCAGAUAAAUCUUACCCCUAGCUGCAUGUUUGUGCACCAGAACGUUGGAGAAGUUACUGCAGGAGACAAAAAUAUGGAAGGAAAAAUGCAAAUGCUGGCGAAAUUAGAUGACAUGUCGCGUACAGCUGCAGAACAGGAGCUGUGUGAUGUUAGCUGCUUUAAUGAUGUAAUCAGAUUUGAAUUUAACACACACAUCCAUUACUUUGCUCAUCUUUGGGAAGGUAAUCCACCAAUGGCACCUCCUAAUCCAAGCUACAGUGAAAACGUUCAGAAGCUGAAACGGAUGCUGCUCUGUUCUGUGACACACCAGAAUACAUUGAAGAUCUCUGGCUUUAAAACACGCAUCCAAGAUCUCUGGAGCGCACUCCUUGCAGAAAACUUUGUUUUUAGCUUCAAGAACACACUUGAGAUUGCAGCAUACAGGAAGUUAGAGGAAAAGUAUGCAGACUGGACCUGGAGGCUGAGAAGUCGGAUGCUUGACAUUGAAAACAAACUGAAGAUUAAAAUUGAGAAUGACAGAAAGGAGAAUGUUAAAAAGGAGGACCUUGAAGCAGAAAUGCAGAAAGAAUACAAAGAUAUCACAAAAGACAUGGAAUGUUAUUUUUCUGAAGACAAGGAUCAAGUGAUACUGAUUCAAUGGAAAAGAAACAUUGAACAGAAAGUUGCAGAUGUUAAAGAACAGAUAAUUGGAGAAACUAAAAGGAAAUUUGAAAAACUUAUUAGGAUGAAGAAAAGUUGUUGGGAUUUAGAGAAAAAGAAAUCUAAAUAUGAAGAUCAACUGCUGAGACGGAGCAAAGAGCUGGCAUUGAAACUUAAAGCCAAAGAUUUGGAUGGAGAUAAACUAGAAAGAGAAUUUGAGAAAUUGUGGACUGCUUGGGUGUGUGAGGUGUCUUCAGACAUGCCCCUGCUAAAAAAAAUGGAUGUAGAAAUUGACACAGAGCAAAUUCUCAUUGACCGUUUAGUAGGCGAGCCUCUUUUUCCAAGACGUCAGAGUGGCUCAUAUAGAAACUUACAGUCUGCCUGGGAUUUCUCGGAUUACAUAUCGAUAAAGAAAAAAUAUUUCUUUAAAACCACUAUCACAACUGAAGAGGCUAACCAGCUUGCCAGAAGGUUGACACAAGACAUAAUCCGCUGUGUUACUAAAAGCAUUAAAGAGAAGGAGCGUGCCAAUGUUGAUUACAGUCCAACCUUCAUGCAUGAAAUAGUAAAUAAAAUACUAAAGGAUAUACAAGAUUUUGAAUCUCAGGAAAAAAGAUUUGUAUUUAACAACAAUUACAAAACAGAUUUAUGUUUAAUGUUAUGUUAUCAAGCAGCACUGAGGUUUCAAGAAAUGCAUAAUGCAUUCCAAUUGGCUAAUGAUCCACUUACAUACCUUAAAAAUAAGAAAGUGGACUACUUUGGGAUUUUUACGACCUCCUGCAAGGGUGCGACAUCCACCACUGGGCUGGCUGACUUUGUAAGUAGCAAAUUAAAAGAGGCAAUCCAUCAGCAGGUCUAUAAUAAGACAAAUAAAGACCUAGCAGGUGAAAUCAGAUCCAACACUCCUGCCUUUAGGAGCAAUAGAUUCACUCUGGAAAGCCACAUUCUGAAAACUCUGGCAGAAGAUGAAAACUUUGAUAAGUUUAUGAGAUACAUCCAUUUUCCAAAACAGUAUUUUGAGGAAUUUAUUAGCCAGUCCAUUGAUAACUAUUGCUGGGAUGGGAAAAAUCCCAGAAUACUUAAAGUCUUCAGAAAAAGUCUUGAGCACUUCAAGACUCGUGUUACAUUCGCAACUUCUAAAUCAACAGAAGUGGUUCAAGACAAAAAUGGCAAUGUUCCAGUGUGGCUGGAUGAGUUUUGUGAUGAGCUCAAAGAAGACCUAGAGUUCACAAGAGGUGACCUGAAGAGUGUGGAAUAUCAGGAGAUUAAGGAUAUCAAGUUCCUUAAAGAAGCAAUGAUGACGGUGCUGGAACAUGUUGUUGAAGAUUUAGAAAGGGAAUUUACUAUGAAAUCUUCAACAAAUACGAAAUCAUCCAGGACAGAAAUACAAGACAAACUGUUUGAACAUCUCUGUGGAUGUUGGGAGCAGUGUCCAUUUUGUAAUGCGAUCUGCACAAACACAAUCUCUGAUCAUGACGGAGAUCACAGUGUUGGGUUCCAUCGCCCUCAAGGAAUAUGUGCUGGUGCAUGGUAUAAAACUGACAAUCUAGUUACAGAUAUUUGCUCUAGCCUUGUAGCUAGUAACUGCAACUUGGUACUGAGUGAUGACAAACACAUUCCUUUCAGAAAUUACAGAGAAGCUGGGCCCAGACAUGCAAAGUGGAGCAUUACACCAGACAGCUCAUUACAACCAUAUUGGAAAUGGUUUGUGUGUAAAUUCCAAUCAGACCUGGGGAAAAAAAAUAUUCAAAAAAAUUUCAUGGAAAGGGUGAAAUUCCAGCUCAGUGGAAAAAUAUCACACAAAGUGAAGCUAUUGAAAGCUUAGAACUGUCAACAUAAUGUGUUUGACCAGUGAAUUUCGGUAACUUUUUAAAAUGACAAGUCACUGUUAGGACCUGUGUUUUCCAACAGGUAUAUUAACUAUAUCAUCCUCCAACAAAUUUGUUAUUUUAAAAGAAUAACAAUACAUAACAUAAUAUGUGAAGUAAACACAAGUUAUUUUUACAUUAUUUUUCUUUGUGCAAAGCUGAAAAUGUAUUUGGAUUCAUUUUGUUUCAAUUUGUAAUGGUUAUAUGGAAUGAGAAGAAAAAAACUUCCAUGUGCCAGCAAUAUCUAAUUAAACUGCCAUGUGUACAGCUGUGUGUAAUUAAACUCCAAUUGCUAAUAAUGUAGAAGGGGGAAAGAACGCUCCUUUUAAUUUCAUGAUCUUUUGUGUCUCAACAAACUUAACAAAGAAUUAAAGCUAUUAAAUUAGGGGUAAAAUUAUUCAUGUGGCAGCAAUGCAGAGUUAUUUACCAUUAAACUUUUCCUUUUGAAUUAAACUUUUUAUUAUUAUUAUUACUAUUGUAUCUGUGGUUUGAACACAAUAUCAUACAAAUAUGUAGAAGUUUGCUUUAUUAUUUUCUUCUGUUAUUUCUCAUAAAUGCAUGCCAGAGUGACUUGAUUGUCUAAUUUUUUUU